UGCAGGCUGGUGUGUCAUCGAGCACUAACGGAAUUUUGUCCUGGAGGAUGAAGACGUUGCUGACGUCACUGCUCCUCGUGCUCGUUUCCCAGCAUGCCCUGGCUGCGGUGGUGGAGGUUUAUGAGGGGGUAAUGUCUGUCCUGUUGCCCUGCAAGUACUCAGGUUUUAUCCCUGAGGAUGACCCCACAGUGCUGUGGACUCGCAGUGAUCUCAAUCCUAAAUCUGUCCAUGUGAGACGAGAAGAAGCAGAUGAUCUCAGAGGACAAAACCAGCGUUACAGCGGGCGCACAGCGAUGAGGUCUGAUGCUUUGGACUCUCUAGACUUCAGCCUCACUCUGAGAAAUCCAACAAAGACUGACAGCAGCAACUACACCUGCUCCAUCAGUGAUGGGACAGAAGAUCAGAGACUGAGAGACAUCCAGCUGCAGGUCAAAGACCAACAGGUGGAGGUGAAGGUUGUUGCAGGAUCAGAGUCUGUCAUCCUGCCCUGCCAAAUAAAACCUGACCUGCCUGAGGACACCACAGUGGAGUGGACUCAAGCUGACCAAGUGGUCCAUGUGCAUUCAAACAGAAGUGACGACCUGACGAAACAGGACGGACUUUACAGAGACCGAACAAAGAUGAACAAAUAAUAAUAAUGGAUUGCAUUUAUAUAGCGCUUUUCAG